AUGGUGGACUUGUUCUCGGGAUAUGAUCAGAUUUCUCUAGUAGAAGACUGCCGAGACAUGACUGCGAUUAUGACUCCAAUGGGCCUAGUCAGGAUGGUCAUAAUUCUGCAAGGAGGUGCAAAUUCAGUAGCGCAGUGCCAGCGUGUCGUGCAGUUUGUGCUCGCGGACGCAUAUGGUAAGGCUAUCCAAGCAUUCCUAGACGAUUUUGGGAUCAAAGGACCAAAGACGACCUAUAACGACGAGAUGGCGUUUUCUGGAGUUCGCCGCUAUGUUCUAGAACACCUCCAGAACCUAGACGAGACCUUAUACCUCCUAGAGCUUGCUGGGAUGGUGAUUUCGGCCGAAAAGUCGCAGUUUGCCAUGAGUGGAGUUGCGGUGGUUAGCUGGGUAUAUGAUAAAGAUGGACGCCGCCCAGAUGAGGUGAAAGUUGCGAGAUUAGUCUUCUGGCCAGUACCUACCUCUGUUCCUGAAGUCCGCUCAUUUGUGGGACUAGCAGUCUAUUUUCGUGUCAUCGUGGAGAAGUUUGGAGUUAUUAUUACCCCGCUAUACCUUCUUCUAAAGGCAGAUGACCAACAGCUGGCGUUUGAUGAGAUUAAGCGGAUUCUAUCAACCUUUCCAUGCGUCUUACUAAUAGACUAUGACUGGCUACCGUUGAUUAUUAUAGUCGCUGUGGACGCGUCUGGAAAAGGGUGGGGGGCUGUGCGAGAUGGGGUCCGGAAACCUGCGAGAUAUGAGUCAGGCACCUGGUCCGAGUCCAAGCAGACCUAUGACGCUGGAAAAAGGGAGUGUCGGGGGGUUCUGAAGGCGCUUAAAAAGUUCAGGCACUGGCUAUAUGGAGUCCAUUUCACGCUGGAGAUCGACGCUAAGACCCUAGCUACACAACUAAACAGGUCUGCGACUGACUUGCCAGGUGCACUAGUGACGAGCUGGCUGGCGUGGAUUAGACUAUUUGAUUUUGAGGUUAAACACGUGCCUGGAGACCGGCACGGCGCUGCGGAUGGCUUAUCUCGAAGACCACAUAUAAAGGAGGAAAUAGCGGAGCAAGAGACGGAGGAGGACGUUGAUGAGUUUAUAUUAGCUAAAAUAGGCACCUUACGGGUGAUGCUAAACCCAGUCGCGGCGUCUAUUGAGACCCCGCUAGGUGUGGAUAUGGAGGAUAUGACACAAAGCCAGGAGCCAGGAGACUAUAUACGAUUUCGGGACCCAAAACGCCUUGAAGAGCCACUUCUUCCAAGCCGAAUCCAGUAUAUCUGGGAGCAGGUCUAUAUUGAUACCGCUACACUACCUAACGAGGAUGGAUAUCAGUGCAUGAUUCAGGCACGUGAGGCGCUAAGUGGAUGGAUUGAAGCUAGGCCCCUAAAAGGGAAGGCGACUGGCCUCGCAGUCUGUGAAUUCAUAUGGGAAGACAUUAUAUGCCGCUAUGGAUUUCCGUUGAAGAUAGUCAUGGAUAAGGGACCAGAGUUCAGGUCGGAAAAGAAAGGUAUUAAGCGCGUUGCGAUCUCUCCAUAUAACCCGGGCUCAAACGGGGCGAUUGAGCGCAGCAUGAGAACGUUUAAGGACGCAUUAUCAAAGAUGACGUCAGGUUAUUCGGCCGAAAACGCAGCGUCUGAGCUGGAGUCUGGGUCUCUAGCCUAUUCUCAGAGACGUGGGCAUUCUAGGCAGCAUGCGGCGCCUCCUUCAUAG